CAUUUCCGUGCGGUACUUCAGUGUCGAAGAAGCCCCGUAGCCCGAACCAUAGCCGGCAGCACAGUGUCGAUUGAACAGGUGGUCGUCGUUCAGGCCGUUCCGUAUCAAGUCAGUGAGCUUUUAGUGAGUGAUUUUUUUUCUUCCGAAGAAUAGUGGUACUAAGCAAGAAAAGGCUGGAGGAGGAGAAAAGUUUAGUUUCGAUUAAUGUUAUUAGUUUUUCGAUAAUUUUUAACCGACUUCAGUUCAAAAAGUGAAACGUGAACCAAUUGAAACCGGCACGAUCGUUUGGUGGAUCAUUUCCAACGCACAGCUGCUGUGUUUUCCAGGUUCCGUACCACAGGAGGGAAGCAAGUAAAACAACAGAAAAAGGGAAGAUUACCAUGACCUGGCGAACGAUGAAACCUUUGGGCCGCGAGCAAUCUUCUUCAGCCUUCUGCAUCAGCACCACCGUCGGGCUGGUCCUGUUCGGGGCGCUCGUCCUGGCGGCGGUCACCGACGCUGAUCCGAUGGUGGAUAGUGCCAGCAGCUUGUACGGUGGCGAUAACAAGCAUGCGAACGAUAAGCGUCCGUUCUUCGUGGGCAGCCGGUACGGCCGAUCGCACGUGUACGGUGCGAAGGAUCUGCGGCAGGUGAACGUGGUACCGCGCAACGAUCGCUUUUUCCUCGGCUCCCGGUACGGCAAACGGUCCGACCUGACGAAGGAAAUCGAAUCCGACAGCAAUAAUGGGAUUGCCGAGCUGACCUAUCUCGCCUGCCUGCAUACGGGCGUGUCGAACCUUUACCGAUGCUACAGUCGUGAUUCGUCCUCGGGUGCACUACACCAGCAAGACGCGGAUCAGUACGAUCAGCAAUCGCAGCAACACCAGUUCAACGAGAAUGGCGACCUAUCGGAAAAGUAAUCAAAGCAACCGGGGUACGAUCCAUGCAACUAGCCUACUGCUGCUGUUACUACUACUACCACUACCACUAUUGCUACUACUAGUACUACAAUGGGAAGCGGUACCGAUCGUCAAAUCUUCAAACGCUAUAACAUAUUUUCUUCCCUCAUUCAUAUGGCAAGCAAAAAAAAAUGACAAACGAAAGAAAGCCAAUGUAAAGAAAGCCCCUUACUAAAUAGCAUAAUAAUGUAACCUCAAUAUACAGUAUGGUGGCACACAGUGCACGUUGUGCAUAUUUCCAAUCCGUACACAGGGCAGCAGGGGCAAAUGGAGGACGAUGGAGGAAGCAGGCGGGACGGGCGAACAGGGUUUCAGUUGUUAGCAGCAGUUUCCGUUGCCGUGUUCCGUGGCUGGUGAGGAUGAUUGCGGGGAGGCGGGUUUUCGGCUCGCAAGACGGCAGUACUGGGCGGGAAAGAACAUUGAGCAAGAACUAAAUGGUAGCGUCAGAACUAUCAAAGGCUGGGUAGCUUUUGCUCGAUGUCUUUCGUACGAUCAUGUCUGUUAUGAAGUAUUAACACUUUAAUCGAAUAAUGAUAACCUAGAUAAUGUACCGUGUAAGGCAGGAUGAAGGAUCGUAGCGGAACACAGCAGAUACGUACGCAAAUGCCGAGCCGAUGGUUAGCUUGUUUGCUUUUCCGAUCAUGUGUACAAUGUUAGGUUCAUUUAUUUUACCACACAACCAACUGAUUUACAAGUUCUGUCCCACUUUCCAACACACACGCGUACGAUCUAACAAGUACAUCGAUUUAAGUAUGACGUGCGGGUUUGCAGAACCAAAGACACAUGCAACAUACAGAAGAAACAUUCAGAACCAUGUUAUCUCGUCGGCACUGUUCUUGUAAAAUAGCAUUAUACUGUAAAAAAUAAAUAUUAGUGCUCUGGAAAAAAAA